UUUUUUUUUCCCCUCCUCCUUUUCCUCUCCUCAGCCCGCCAUCCGCGGCCCCGGCGCUGGGUGUUUCCCCCGCGCCCCCCAUGCGCCCGGGUAGCACGGCAGGCACUUAGGGCUCCCGUUUGGCUACGCUUUUUUUUUUUUUUUUUUUUUUACCCCUUGAGAGGGAGGGAGGGAGGGACACAAGCUGCAGAUCUGAUUUUUUUUUUCCCCUGUCCUCUCUCUCUCUCUCCCUCCUUCCUCCAUUGCAUUUUGUUUUAUUUCCCCCCUUCCUCCCCACCUCCUCUCGCAAGACGAGGGUUGCAGCCCGCGGUGCGCGCCUCCCCGAGCCGCCAGGAAGAUGAACAAGCUCUACAUCGGCAACCUCGGCGAGAACGUCAGCCCCCUCGAUCUGGAAAGUCUCUUUAAGGACUCCAAGAUCCCCUUCUCGGGCCAGUUCCUGGUGAAGACGGGGUACGCCUUCGUGGACUGCCCCGACGAGAGCUGGGCCAUGAAGGCCAUCGAGGCACUUUCAGGUAAAGUGGAGCUGCAUGGGAAACUCAUAGAAGUUGAACAUUCAGUCCCUAAAAGACAAAGGAGUCGGAAGCUUCAGAUCAGAAAUAUCCCGCCUCACUUGCAGUGGGAGGUGCUGGAUAGUUUGUUAGCUCAAUAUGGAACAGUGGAGAACUGUGAGCAAGUGAACACUGACACGGAGACUGCAGUUGUAAAUGUAACAUAUGGCAAUAAGGACCAGGCUAGACAAGCAAUAGAAAAACUGAAUGGGUUUCAGCUUGAAAACUAUUCCUUGAAAGUUGCGUACAUCCCUGAUGAAAUGGCAGCCCAGCAACCUCCACAACAGCAUCCCCAGGGAAGACGUGGAUUUGGACAGAGGGGUCCUCCAAGACAAGGGUCACCUGGUGCAACCACAAGGCAGAAACCACAGUCGGAUGUUCCUCUACGGAUGCUGGUUCCCACGCAGUUUGUAGGAGCCAUUAUUGGGAAAGAAGGAGCAACAAUCAGAAACAUUACAAAGCAGACACAGUCCAAAAUUGAUAUUCAUCGUAAAGAGAAUGCAGGUGCUGCUGAGAAACCAAUUACCAUCCACUCGACUCCUGAAGGCUGCUCAACGGCUUGUAAAAUUAUUAUGGAGAUCAUGCAAAAGGAAGCUCAAGAUACUAAAUUUACAGAAGAAAUUCCCUUGAAGAUAUUGGCACAUAACAACUUUGUUGGUCGACUUAUCGGCAAGGAAGGAAGAAACCUGAAGAAAAUUGAACAGGACACAGAUACUAAAAUCACGAUAUCUCCAUUGCAGGACUUGACACUCUAUAAUCCGGAAAGGACAAUUACAGUUAAAGGCAGUAUUGAAACUUGUGCCAAGGCUGAGGAAGAAAUUAUGAAGAAAAUCAGGGAGUCCUAUGAAAAUGAUAUUGCUGCUAUGAAUCUUCAAGCACAUUUAAUUCCUGGAUUAAAUCUGAAUGCCUUGGGUCUGUUCCCACCUUCUUCUUCAGGAAUACCACCUCCCGCAGUGAGUGUUGCCUCCGCUGCUGCUGCUGCUUCAUAUCCACCAUUUGGGCAACAGCCCGAGUCUGAGACUGUUCAUCUGUUCAUCCCAGCCUUGGCAGUUGGAGCUAUUAUUGGCAAGCAGGGACAGCACAUCAAACAGCUUUCUCGUUUUGCAGGCGCAUCUAUUAAGAUUGCCCCUGCUGAAGGACCAGAUGCCAAGCUGAGAAUGGUUAUCAUCACUGGACCUCCAGAAGCUCAGUUCAAGGCUCAAGGGAGAAUCUAUGGAAAACUUAAAGAAGAAAAUUUCUUUGGACCUAAAGAAGAAGUGAAACUUGAGGCUCAUAUAAAAGUGCCAUCCUAUGCUGCUGGUAGAGUUAUUGGUAAAGGAGGCAAAACAGUAAAUGAACUUCAAAACUUGACAAGCGCAGAAGUUGUAGUCCCUCGUGACCAGACACCUGAUGAAAACGAUCAGGUGGUUGUGAAAAUAACUGGUCACUUCUAUGCAUGCCAGCUUGCUCAGAGAAAAAUUCAGGAAAUACUGGCUCAGGUAAGAAGGCAGCAGCAACAGCAAAAAACAUUGCAAAGCGGACAGCCUCAGCCAAGACGAAAAUAAAGGUUUAGGAAAUGGCCCAUCAGAGACAGAUGCCAGACCAAAGACAGACUGUGCGACAGAGAGACGGGUGGUGAGCACCUGUUGAAGUUAUAUGCAGAAGAUCCACCAAGCCAAUCACCUGUUCGAGGACCAGGCAACCGUUGAACGCUGUCUCUGAGAAUGUAUUCUUUAGGCUCUCUCAAACUUUUGAAACCCAGCUUUAAAAUAAGGACCCCUUCACUUCCCUUUUGUUCUAUUCUCACAAUUUAACAUAAACUCGUUAGUCUUUUUUAUUGUUCUUAUUAUUCCCCAACAAUUUUAGAACUUGGUUUAAUGAAGCUUUCUCUUCUGAGUUCACUGGUUUAAAAAAAAAAAAAGAAAAAAAAAGAAAAGAAAAAAAAGACAAAAAAAAGGCAUUGCUCUUACAGGUCCAGUUGUAAAAGAAACAACACAUUUGGAGGGUGGGAUUGCGGGUGGGCAGGGAUUAGAACAAGGGUAUCGACAAGAGUUUAAGUGUUAGUCCCAACGUUGAAACAAGUGGCAUUUUUUAAAAAGAAUUUGGUUGCAUUUUUACAUAACACUGCCAUGAAUAACCUAAGGGAAGUGUUGAAUGGUGUUGGCCAGGGCAUAAAAAGAUAAAUAUGCAUUUUACUAAACUACCUCAGGCAUUUAGUACCUCAAUGAGAAAUUGUUCCUUUUUUGCUUUUUUUUGGUAUUUUGUAUACUUUAUAAAGCUAAUAGUUCUUGAGCAUUUUAUUUUUUUAAAAAAAAUUAAAAUUUGAUCAGCCACCAGCCAGGAGUACUACAGACUUAUCGGGGAAAAAAUAUAGUAGAGCACUUCUAGCUGCUGGCUGAUGGGAGUAAGGUGGGUAAAAAAACAUAGCCUCAGAUUUUCUGAGGGCUUCAACACCAUCAUUUGUUUAAAAAAAAAAAUUCAGUGAAUGUUCAAAAGAUAGUGAAUGAUGCCAACAUUCUGAUAGCAGCAAUGCCGUUUAGUUUUCUUUUAAGAUGGGAUGAAAAAGUUUGUGACGGUACUUUUUUGGGAACAGGACAAGGAAGUGAUGGCAAGAGGCUGGGGUUGGGGGAAAAAUUUAGAAGGCUGCAAGAGGCUGAAUUUUUUUUUGUGCUACUUGAUUGAAUGCAUGAACCCUUUGUGCCUUUGACCAUCACUACCUAAUAAUGCUACAUUUAACCAUUUGCAGCCCAUUUGGACUUUGCCAUUUUGUUCAAAGAGCAAGCUUCAUCUUCAGUUUGAUAGAACACUUGAUCUGCUAGAGUGUAUUUGAGGCCAUGGGGGUCUCUGCUGUCCGCAGAUCACAUCAUACUGCUUUCAGUUACCACGAUGGGGGAAGGUCAAACAGUGUUUGAUCACAUUGAAAGAUAAUGAAAGGCUAAGUUUACAUAUCCAGCCGCUGUUAUGGGCCACACUAAGCCACUUUGAAGGUUUAAAAAACUAUUACAAGGAGAAAAAAAAAGAAACCAACAACCUCUCUAGCCUGGCUUAUAAUAGAUGCAGCAGGAUUUAUGCACGUUCUGCAACCAACCAUUAGAGAAGAAAAAAAAAUGUCAAAAGGCAGGGAUAACAGGAAAGUUACCAAAUUUUUUUAAUUUCCGAAUGUAAUUUGAAUGAUGAUUGUGGUAAUAGUGACACAUUCAAGUUUCUACAAUAAACUUCAGUCUACCUCAGUUUAAGAAAAAAAAAAUGUGGCAACACAUGGUGCAUAAAGACUGCUGUGUGUGUGUGUGUGCGCGUGCGCGCCUGUAUGUGUGUGGUCGACAGAGCCAUGCUAUUACCUCUGAACCUUUUUUUGUGAUGUUUUUUGUGCAUGAGAUGAUCAGAAUCACCAUGCUGCACUGAUUUGUGGGGCACAACGAGCAAAAACAUUUGUUUCAUCAUUUUGUUAUCUACCUCUUAGGUUCAUGUUGAAAUAGAGGCAUUACUACAUAGACUAGAUAAUUUUCCCAAAGAUCAUUGUUGUACAGAUUAGAUAAUUUUGAAAAUGGUCUGAAGUGUUUUUCCUGCAUCUUUUCUUUACUAAUUGGUUUAAAAACCACAAACUUAUGUUGUAGUUUUAGCAAAGAAAAAUGAGUUUCUUUUCCUUUUUUGACAGUGACCUUCAUCUAGCCUUUAGCAUAAUUUUUUUCUUACAAUGAAUUUAAAAUUACUGAAGUAUGAAAAGUCAUAGCAUUUUGAUUUUUGUCGAGGCUUAAGUCAGUCUGACGUUCCUUUCUUAACAUUUGAGAAGGAUUUGACUUCAUUAUUUUCCAUAAAAUUUAAGUUACAAAUAGGCGCUGCAUUUACAUCUGCUGAUUUAAUACUGUCAUCUCUCUUAAAUUUCUAGACUUAGUAUGGUAAAUCAUGUUUUUCUUUUCAAUUGAGACUUGGUAAUUUGGAGUAUUUGGGAAUAGCUAGAAAGUAAAUACUGUAAAUGAUUUCAGUAUCCACAAAGUAUGGAUCAUUUUUCAUCUGUAAUGUGCCCCCCAAUGCAGCUCCACUUGCCAGAUGCCUCUGAAUGGAAUAAAGAGUUUAACUCCUAUCAUCAGAUAAA